UAUAACCCGACCCGAGACCACAUCUCCCUCGACGGCCACUGCGGAAAGAGGGUUUUUUCGAGGGUUUAACAAAUCAACGAAAAAGCUACAAUCUUUACCAAUUCCCACAUUCUCCCAACUCCAUUGAAGCUCCGCCAUGAGAAGAGCUUCAUCCAUACUUAUUCCACGUCUUCGCCGCCACGCCAAGGCAUCAUCUUUCAUCUCCAAACCCAUCAAUUCUCCCUUCUCCUCCCUCACUUCAACAACUCCAUCACACCCCAAUCUCAAACCUAGCAGCAAAACCCAACCUUCUCUCUUCUCCAAUGGCAACCCCCAGAUGUUCAACACUCUCGCGGACCAAACCCCGCCCCAGAUGUCCUCAAGGCAGCGAAAGAUCAAAGAAAGAUCGGAACUUGAGGAGGCCUUCGAGUCCGCAGAGACCACAGAGGAGAUGCUCAAGGCUCUCCGGGAUAUGGAGGCCUGCUUUGAUGAAACCGAGCUUGGAUUGGCUUGCCUGAAAAUGGGCCUCAAACUCGACCAAGAAGGUAAGGAUCCUGAAAAGGCUCUGUCUUUUGCCAAUAGGGCUUUGAACGCUUUGGAUAGAGAUGAUAAAGUGUCUUUGCCUCUUGCCAUGACUCUGCAGCUGAUGGGCUCUGCUUGUUAUAGUCUAAAAAGGUUUAAUGAUAGCUUAGGGUACCUUAAUAGGGCUAAGAGGGUUUUGGGUCAAUUAGAGAAAGGGGGAUCUUGUAGUGUUGAAGAUUUUGGCCCUGUCCUCCAUGCUGUGGAGCUUGAAUUGUAUAACACAAAGACAGCCAUGGGGAGGAGGGAGGAGGCUCUUGUUAAUCUCAGGAAGUCUUUGGAGUUAAAAGAGAUGAGUUUGGAGGAAGAAAGUAGAGAACUUGGCAAGGCUAAUAGGGAUGUUGCCGAGGCGUAUGUUUCCGUCUUAAAUUUCGAUGAGGCACUGCCGUUUUGUUUGAAGGCAUUGGAGAUACACGAGGGGCAAUUGGGGAACAAUUCCGUCGAGGUUGCCCACGACAGGAGACUUCUCGGGAUUAUCUACACCGGGUUAGAGGAGCACGAGAAGGCGUUGGAACAAAACCAAUUGUCGCAAAGGGCCUUGAAGAAUUGGGGCCGUGGUUCAGAAUUACUCCAAGCCGAGGUCGAUGCUGCCAAUAUGCAGAUUGCCUUGGGGAGGUACGAUGAAGCGAUCGAGACUUUGAAGGGCGUUGUUCAGCGGACCGAUAGAGAAAGCAAGGACCGAGCUAUGGUCUUUGUAUCCAUGGCAAAAGCGUUGUGUAAUCAGGAGAAGUUUCCAGACUCAAAGAGGUGCCUCGAUGUUGCCUGUGGGAUCCUCGGUAAGAAAGAAUCGAGCUCCCCUAUUGAAGUUUCCGAAGCGUAUAUGGAAAUCUCGAUGCAAUACGAGACGAUGAACGAGUUUGAAACCGCAAUAUCGUUGCUGAAAAGAGCGCUGAGAAUGCUCGAUAAGAUCCCUCAGGAGCAGCAUUCAGUAGGGAGUGUAUCCGCAAGAAUCGGGUGGUUACUUUUGCUAACGGGAAAAGUCGAGCAAGGCAUUCCUUACUUGGAGGACGCAGCCGAAAGACUUAAAGAGAGCUUCGGUUCGAAACAUUAUAGUAUCGGUUACGUUUACAAUAAUUUAGGAGCUGCAUACAUGGAACUCGAUAGACCACAAUCGGCUGCACAAGUUUUUGCUUACGCCAAGGAUAUCAUGGAUGUCGCUCUUGGCCCUCACCAUGCCGAUUCAAUCGAGGCAUGCCAAAACCUAUCGAAAGCAUAUGCUGCUAUGGGAAGCUAUCAACUUGCAAUUAACUUCCAGAAGAAAGUUAUAGAAGCUUGGGAAGGCCAUGGUCCAAAUGCAGAAGAUGAACUUAAAGAAGCUUAUCGAAUUCUUGAGCAGCUAAAGACGAAAGCCCGUGGUUCAUUGCCAGAACAGCCCCCUAUUAAGGCCUUGCCUUCAUCAAACGCCUCUAGCUUAAAUAGUAACUCUCAAUCUGAUGUUUCAAUCACUGAAAGGUGAUCAAUGUCGGUUUUUUGCCACAUAUUUUGGGAUCUUUUUCAUCUUCAACAGCAAAGGAACUAUAGUUUAAUUUGUAACUUCUUCUUCAAAUAGCUUCCAUAGAAGUGCUUGGCAUUCAUCACCUUGCAUGCAUAUAUUCAAUCAUAUAUUAGUUUGCA